AUAAAUAUAAAAACCCAAUCGCAGAAAACUAAACUUAAAAGUUCCAUACCCUUUAUUAAACCAAAAAAAAAAAAAAAGUCUUCUCCUUGUCCAUGUUUUUCUCACUCUAAAACAAAUUAUAAUCUUUGAGAUUAUUUCCUGAAAAAAUAUUUGAGAUAUAUACAUAUUAUCUCUCUUUUAUUUCUACAUUAUUCUGCAAAAUCUCGUCCGUUUUUUGGCUGAUUUCACUUUUUUAAAAUUUUGGCUACUUUCCGUUACAUUAAAAAUUCUAAACUUUUUAUACCCUUCUAGUUCUAACGAGUUUCAAAAUUCAUUAAAAAAGAAAAAAAAAAAACCUAAAGAGACCGCCUUUUGCUUUUGUUUCUGGGAAUUCUUUUUUAUUUAUUAUAAGAGGGUGGCGUCGGCUAAGUGCGCCGGAUGUGCCUGAGGAGAAGAGAAAGGCUAUGGCUUUCUUGAUUUAAUAGAAAUUUCCGGUGGUGGGUCGUCGUUGAUUUUUUGGAAGUAAUCGUGGGCCGUACACGUGUACUUAGGAACGGAGAUGAUAACGAGGACGUGGGGUACUUGGGAGGAGCUUUUGUUAGGUGGGGCAGUUCUCCGCCAUGGUACCCGAGAUUGGAACCUCGUCGCUUCGGAGCUCCGAACCCGAGCUCUUUCUCCUUUUGCCUUCACUCCCGAGGCAUGUAAGGCCAAGUAUGAGGAUCUACAACGACGUUACUCAGGUUGCAAAGCUUGGUUUGAGGAGUUACGUAAACAACGAAUGGCUGAAUUGAGGCGAGCUUUAGAGGAAUCCGAAGAUUCAAUCGGGUCUCUGGAAUCAAAGCUUGAAAACCUAAAAGCUGAGAAAAGAAAUGAUUCAAGGGUUGAUUAUGAUUCCAGUCCAACAGAAUCAGCCUUACCAUGUCUUAAAUCCGAGGGAUUUGAGUUUUCCAGUAAGGACACAUGCAAGGAUGGCCUCUCUGCUGGUAGUUUUACGCAGGAGGCCCAGACAAACUGGGCGCCUGAUUGUCAGAUUCCAGCUGCAGUGCCUACUGAAGAGAUGGAUUCCAAGCCAGUAGGAGACGCACUGACCUCUGAGAGGGAGAUAUUUUCAAGCAUUGAUAAGUUGGCAGAUGCUCUAUGUGGAGGAAAGUUGCUGUGUAUACGGAAGAGGAGAGGGAAACGAAAGAGAAAGGAUUGCAGUAAGGAUACCAAAGAAGGGAGUGUCGGGGAAAGCGAGGCUUUAUGCCCGGCUGAUGUUGCAAGUGCUUUGCUUUGCAAAGAAACUUCAGUUAGCAACUCUGCUCAGAUUGCCAAAUCUUCGGCUGUCGAGGAUCAAAGUGGAGGUUCAACCAAGGAAGGGAUUGAUGAUAUAAUGAGAAUAUUUAGUUCUGUCGCAGAGAAUGACUGUGCUUCUGUCUUUCGGCGGAGGCUUGAUAGUCAGAAAAGAGGAAGAUACAAAAAAAUGAUCCUACGGCACAUGGAUUUCGACACCAUAAGAUCAAGAAUAGUCAGUAAUUUGAUCAUGUCUGUUAGAGAGCUCUUUCGUGAUAUGUUAUUAGUUGCCAACAAUGCCUUGGUCUUUUAUUCCAAGAACACUCGUGAAUAUAAAUCCGCACUGCAUCUGAGACGUAUUGUCACCACAGCUUUGUGGCAACACUUUAAGGAGUACAGAGGCAAGGUUCCCAUGACCACCUUUACCUCCAACACACCUAUGCACAAACCUCCUGCAAAGCCCUGGAGCAUUCACCGUGGUAAUCGCAAACCACCUGGAAACGCAUCAAGCAACAGGAAUCCCGUAGCAGGGGCUUGUCAUGGGAGUAAAAAGACAACUGCUGCAGAUUCUCCAGCAUCGGAUGAGUCCUUGGCUGUGACAAAGAAGGUUUCAGCUUCUCGGCCAAGAAAAGUCAGCGGUGGACGCACAGGUCAAAAGUCUGAAGCUCGAACAAAAGGAAGAAAGAGAAGUGGAGGUAGGUGAUAAUGUUGUACAAAUGUAUAACAAUCUGUCUUCUAUUAUGAGACCCUGUUGUAAAUGUAUGUAGUUAUGAAGUGUAAGAGUUUUGUCCCUUAGGAUAAACAGUUCUAGAAUUGCAGUUUUACUUUGAAAACUACCAUUAAUCAGUGAAAAACAGGAAACCCUUUGUGA